AAAAACAAAGUCCCUUCCAUUUCCACACGCACACACACCUCUCUCUCUCUCUCUCUCUCUCUCUCUCUCUCUAUCUCCUUCUCCUUCAAACCCUAACCCUACACCAACCAGGUAGGUCCCCCUCCAUUAUUGCCAUCGGUUUUCCAACGCUCUCGCUUCAAUUUCAGCUGAUCCGAUCUUCAAACUGCAGGAAUCGCCAUGAAAGGAGGCAAAUCCAACACCAAGAAAGCCGACUCCAAGCUUGCUGUGAAUAAGAAGCCUGCUAAGGCUACCAGAGUGAGUAAGAAGGCGGCCAAGGACCCUAACAAGCCUAAGAGGCCGGCCAGUGCCUUCUUCGUUUUCAUGGAAGAGUUCAGGAAGCAGUUCAAUAAGGAAAACCCCAACAACAAAGCAGUUUCCGCUGUGGGCAAAGCUGCUGGUGCAAAAUGGAAGUCAAUGUCUGAGGCUGAGAAGGCACCUUAUGUGGCCAAGUCAGACAAGAGGAAGGUUGAGUAUGAGAAGUUAAUGAAGGCUUAUAACAUGAAACAGGCUGAAGGCAACACUGCAGCGGAGGAAGAAGGAUCUGAGGUGAAUGAUGAUGAGGAUGGAGAUGAAGAAGGCAGUGAUGAGGAGGAUGAUGAUGAGUAGAAAAUGGCACAAGGAUAACUUAGGGAUCUAGCUUGUGACUGUUUGAUCAUUCCAUGUGAUGGUUCGAUUAUUCAAUGUUACUUUUCGUUUCGCCUUCUUUCCUUUAAGGAAAAUGUAUUUCAUCUCCCUCUAUCUAAUUGUCUGUUGUCUUCUAAAUUAAUAGUUGUAGAAGGGAGAUUUGCUCUAUCUGUAAUUUCUGAAGCCUAGUGACUUAGCUAAGUGAAUUUAUCUUCUGUAGAGCAGCUAGACUGUUUGAUUUACAUUCUUAUGAUAAUGCAGUGAUUUGAUAUAUGAA